CCAAUAUCAGAAUUUGAAAGUUGUUAAACUGCUAGUAAGUGUAAAUUAGGCGGAAUACUGUUUGGAGAGCGUGACCUUAGUAAGACCCACCAUAUGGUGGCGGCAGCGAGCUUUGAUUCCCAUCCUAUCAAGACUUACUAGAAUCGGCAUGCUUAAUCGUGUGAGAAAUGUGACUUUUUACUCCAAGGUAUAAAUUCGCAUAUAUGUCUAAAUGAUGGCUCUGUCUCAUGAUUAUUUUGUUCCCCGGAGCCAUUUUAACGAGAAUCCGAAGCAUCCGGCUAGUCAUAUCGUCUCAAAAGUGAAACUUUUGAUAAUCGCUCUCGCAGCCACAUCAGUUUUUGUCCUCGCCAUCAUCUGGCCCAGUUUACUUCCUAGAUUUCCUCUCGGAUAUGCUGCUGAUAGAAAAUUUCUUUAUGAAAUCGGAGUGUGUGAAACUGCCACAGCAGACGCUUUGAAUAUAACCAUCUACCAAGAUGUACCUUUAGCGCCGUCACCACUCCCGCCGUCGCACGCGGCAUCCGAUGGAGAGGCAAUCAUUGAGCUGUUUCAAAAUCUCAGCAGGACAACAACUUGGAAAAGCAUUGCAAAUAUCAGCUUCGAAGGCGAUACGUUUGAACCUGAGGGCCUAGUCCGCCUUGGUCCGGAUCGCUUCGUGGUGAGCAGCGGGGAGUACACCGAGCUCACGAAGAAGUAUCCUCGCCCUAUCAAUGGGACAGAUCGGACACCAGGGAAGGGAUUUGCUCAUCUGAUGGUGUUUAACGGGAAGGGAGAGCGCAUUGCUGAUGCCACGAUUACAAAUCAAGGAGCGACAGAGUAUCAUAAUGGUGGAAUCGACUAUGAUGGGCAGUCGAUUUGGGGAGCAGUUUCACAAUAUCGACCAAACAGCACGGCAUAUGUUUACAAAACUAGUCCAUCAAACCUGAAGCCCAAGAUUAUUCUGCGUCACAAUGACCAUCUGGGUGGCGUUGUACACAAUACCGUCAACAACAGCCUUACAACGCUCAACUGGGGAAGCCGAGAUGCGUUCACUUGGGCUCUCAACAAGGUAGUUCCAGAUGGCUGCUCCACCCGGGAACCACAGGCUGCAGUCCAAAACCCCAGCUAUUUUGUGGACUACCAAGACUGCAAAUGGCUGGGCCAAAGCGAAUUUUACCGUGGCACGAGUGUGAUGCUUUGCUCUGGAGUGGCCGCCUUAGACGGUCAAUACCACCUCGGCGGGAUUGCACUAGUUGAUGUCCAGACGAUGCGUCCAUUAGCUGAAGUACCUAUCAUGCUUCAGAGCGCUCUUGGAGUAAGGAUGACGCAGAACCCUGUCGAUGUGAGUGUGGAAGAUGGAAAAUUGAGAUUUUAUUGGCUUCCGGAUCAGAGGAACAGUACGUUGUAUGUGUAUGAAGCUGCUUAGUUUUAAGCAUAUGGCGAAGAAUUCGGUUAAAUUCGCCGUUUAAUGUAAUAAAACAACUCCAUUGGGAUCCUUGACAAAUUCUUUCUGGCGUAGGUAUAC